UUGAAGUUCUAUGUCCCUUCUUCCAUGUACUGUGUAACAACAACAAAAAAGAGCCCACCCACCGCUGCACACAGAGUAAAUCCUGGAAAACUGACUUUUCAGAUCUUACAGGUGAACAAGGUGAUGUCCAUCUUGUUUUAUAUGAUAUUUCUCGCUUACCUUCGUGGCAUCCAGUCUUCCAACAUGGAUCAAAGGAGUUUGCCAGAAGAUUCGAUAAAUUCUCUUAUUAUUAAACUCAUUCAGGCAGACAUUUUAAAGAACAAGCUUUCUAAGCAGAUGGUAGACAUUAAGGAAAACUAUCAAAACACGGUGCAGAAAGCAGACACUCAGCAAGACAUGGAUGGAGAGGAAAAUGUGAAAUCAGAUUUCCAGCCAAUUGUCUCAGUGGAUACAGAUCUCUUGAGGCAGCAGAGACGCUACAACUCGCCCCGAGUCCUCCUGAGUGACAACACACCGCUGGAGCCGCCACCGCUGUACCUCAUGGAGGAUUAUAUUGGGAAUUCCAUGGUGCUGAACAGAACCUCCCGGCGGAAGAGGUACGCGGAGCACCGGGGCCACCGGGGGGAAUACUCUGUUUGUGACAGUGAAAGUUUGUGGGUCACGGACAAAUCCUCCGCCAUUGACAUUAGGGGACACCAGGUGACUGUUCUGGGAGAAAUUAAAACGGGCAACUCUCCAGUUAAGCAAUACUUUUACGAAACGAGGUGUAAAGAGGCCAAGCCUGUAAAAAACGGCUGCCGCGGCAUUGAUGACAAGCACUGGAACUCCCAAUGCAAGACAUCCCAAACUUAUGUCAGAGCACUGACUUCAGAAAACAACAAACUGGUGGGCUGGAGGUGGAUAAGGAUAGACACUUCCUGCGUGUGCGCCUUGUCCAGGAAAAUAGGAAGAACAUAG